AUGGACGAUACUGAAGAAUGUCUACCGGAUAAUACAGAGGAGAAAGCUCCAUGUGGGAGUGGUCUCACCACGAUGAUGAUGCGACGGGGCUGUCGCUACAGCGACGUGCCAAUGACGUUGUAUUGGGUUAGAUCGUUAGAUUUUAUUACCAACACGGAAUAUUACGUGAACACGUCAACAAAAAACUCUCUUCUCUCCGAACUUGCUCCAGUGAUGUAUAUGCAGUCAGAUUGUGACACCGCCACUGAAAGAGAUCAUUACGUGAAGAAACUCAUGGAAUACAUAAAGGUAGACUCGUACGGUGCUUGUCUCAACAACAAACGUCCUCCUCCCAACUACAUGACUAGUGAUGACUAUUUGAAUCAGCUGCACGACAUCGAGCUGAUGCAAUUCAUUGGGAGGUACAAGUUCGCCGUGACGAUAGAAAACGGCGUGUGCAACGACUACAUGACGGAGAAGCUGUGGCGGACGAUAGCCGCCGGCGUGGUCCCCAUCUACCUGGGGUCGCCGUCGGUGCGCGACUGGCUGCCGAAUCCGAAGUCCGCCAUCCUGCUCGAAGACUUCCCAACCCCUGAGCUCAUGAGUCGUCAUCUUUUCCGCCUGCUGCACAACGAUACAGAAUACGAAGAGUAUCUGCAACACAAAAUCGACCAAGUCAUUACGAAUGAUCGACUUAUAGAUGAGCUGGUGUCGAGGCCGUUUCAGACGGAUUUGACGAUUAUUACCGCGCAGUUUGAAUGUCUCGUUUGUAGGAGAUUGCAUGACAAUAGCAGUCGGGUGGAUAUAGUAGUUAAGAGUCACUGCGAUUGUCCCAUGCCAUUGACAGCACUCACCCUGGCUCCCAACAAGGCAGGGUGCUGGUAUCGCAAUUUGCUAGAAAUCGAAAAAGAAAUAGAUGCGUUGUACGAUAGAAUUAUGAAUACGACUAUGAAUGAGUCGACGACUUUAGUGAUAUAG